AUGAAGACCCCAGCCUUUCUAGCUCUGGCGUCCUCCGCCACGGCUGCGUCCAUCCCUCGCAAUAGCAACAGCUUUCGCAGCACAGACGCCGACAUCAAGAACGUUCCCUGGCAGGCCGAGUACUCUGUUGAAGGCAGCUUUCAAUGCGGUGGUACCAUCAUUAACUCGUGCUACAUUGUCACAACCGGUCACUGUACGGGCGGAAUCCGCAGUGCGAGUGAUCUUUCCAUUCAUAUAGGCAGCCGCGUCGAUCACGACAUUGCUCUCGUCAAGCUUACAUCUGAAAUCCAAUUCAGCGACUCUGUCAAGGCGGCUGGCCUUGUCGACGCGACCGUUGCGCCGGGCACCAAAGCCCAUCUGUCAGGAUGGGGCAAGACCGAGACAGGCUUCCCAAACACCCUUCGUGAGGAGGAUCUGGAUGUCAUUUCGCUUGCAGACUGCAAGUCCAAGCUCAGUGACACAGAUAUCCACGUCACAGACCGUAAUAUGUGCACUUUUACAUCCGGCAAGAGCCCGUGUAAUGGCAGUAGCGGUAGCUCGCUCGUGGUUAAUGGAAAGCUCGCAGCUGUUCCAUCUACUGUGUACGAGUGUGGUAGCACCAAGUACCCCAGCAACCACACGGAUAUUGGAAAUAAGAGCAUUCGCGACUUUAUCCACGAUACUGCGGGUGUCUGA